AUGUCAUCCAGAUUUGAAGAUGAACAGAAAAAGAGGGAUCUUGAAGAGAUUAAACAAAUGGAUAUAAAAGAUGUGAAUGGUGAGGAAUUUGGUUGUAAAGAGCAAAAAAGAUUGGUAAUUUUUAAAUUAAAAGGAAAUUUUUUUAAAUUUUCCAAGUCUAACGUUGAAGCAGGUUCAAGUAAACUAACGUUAAAACUCGUUGAAUUAUUGGUAGAAAAAAUGGAAGAUAAUAGUGAUGAUUAUUUGGAUGAACGUGGUAUUGUGUCAUUUCUCGCUCUAAUGGCUAAACAUGCGGAUGUGGAAAAUAAAGUUAGGAUGGGAGAAACUGGAGUAAUUGAGGUAAUUACAAAAUUAGUUGACGAUAAAUUCAUGGCGGGUGGUUGGUAUGCCAUAAUUGAAGUUGGAUGGUCAUUUUUGUUUUCCGUUAUGGAUGAAGCACCAAUAAAUAGAAAACUUUUCAACGAGGCUGGUGGUAAAGCAAUUUAUGAAAAAUAUUUAUCACAUCCACAAAUUGGUUCUCGUUAUUUCGAAAAUAUUCGCGAAAAUUUGGCAAAUAUUGAUAACAACAUUUUCAGUGAUAAGUUUGGAUUUUUAAUGAAUUUUUAA